UAUUGCAUCUUGACCCGGAAAUGUUUGUGCUGCUUUGCUGUUAAUAACACGUGUUAAAUGUAGCCAAGCAAAAAGAAAAUACGUUUAGUAGAGCCAACUCUAAGAAGCCCACUUAAGAAGUUAAAAGUUAAAGAAGCUCUUCCUGAAAACUCACCCCACUUAUUAGCAUGGGGAAAUCAAAGCAGAUAAAGAAUCACAAUAAUGGCAGAAAGAAGAACAUUGCAAAGACAUGGAAGACUAAACGUAGGACCAAGGACCUGGAUGAAAUUCACUCCGACAUGAAACCCGAAACAGCAAGCAAACUGCUCAAACAGCCAGUGGACUUCGAUGUCACAGGAUGUGCACAAAACUACUGUUUACAUUGCGCGCGAUAUUUUGUUGAUCUGAAUUCCAUGAAAGAGCACUUCAAAACCAAAGUGCACAAACGACGGCUGAAAAAACUCAGAGACGAGCCCUACAGCCAGGCAGAGGCAGAGAGGGCUGCAGGUAUGGGCUCUUAUGUUCCCCACAAAGUCAUGGAAGUAAAGACACAGCCAAUCGAGGAGGAGAUGAAAACUGACUGAGGAUGAAAUUGGAAACAGACUGCCUUUACAGAACCUCUCUAAUGCUUCAAGCCAUCAAGAAUUAUCCAGAAGAUAUUGUUUUUUUGUUGUUGUGGCCAGCUAUUCUGGGCCCAAACAGAUCCUGCCUAUUAUUUAGGCUUGCAUACAGGCCCAAGACAAUUUGCAUGCUAUUUAUGAAGAGGACCUUCCCCUUUACAUAAAAAUAAAUGAAGAUGAUUAUUAUGCAUAUGAUCAAUUGUAUGCAGAGGACAGUGCUGUUCAUACCAGUACAAUAAACUGAGGUGAAAUUUAGUAGGUUUAUUUCCAGUUACAGGAUUGGAUUGUAUGCUGAUUGAGCAGCUUUUGUAGUUCAUAACCAGGGCUUCAUUUCAUGCUGUGUUUGUCUCUACACAAAAUAAAUGGUUCUACAUUUAA